AUGGAGAGCGACAUUGGAUUCCAGGCUGCUCUUGAGGAAGCCAGAAAGGGCGCCUCUGAGGGCGGUGUGCCCAUUGGUGCUUGUCUCGUUUCAGUAUGUCCAAAUCGAAGGUACAGCUCAAGAGUCAUCCAGCCUUGCAGUCUGCUGUCUUACUUAGCAAUAUGGCAGUCGCAACCCAAUGGCAAAAUUUUGGGCCGUGGACACAACUUGAGAAUGCAAAAGGGGUCUCCCACAAUUCACGCAGAAAUUGGUGCUCUUGAGAACGCUGGUCGCCUUCCAGCUUCUGCCUACCAAGGCGCCACUAUGUACACUACUCUCUCACCCUGCGACAUGUGCACCGGUGCUUGUAUCCUGUACAAGGUCAAGCGUGUUGUGCUUGGCGAGAACAAGACUUUUGUUGGUGGCGAAAAUUACCUCAAGCAGAGAGGCAUUGAGGUUGUCAACGUCAGUUCUGCCGAAUGUGAAGAUUUGAUGAAGAAGUUUAUCAAAGAGCACCCUGAGGAGUGGAACGAGGACAUUGGUGAGCAGUAG